UCAUAAUGCAGAUCUCUGAUCCAACCCAGGAUCUACCUGAGAAUCUAAACUGAAGUUUUAUCAUCACAUCAUGAAGAAUUAAGGAGGCGGAUACAAAUAUUCUUCACUUGAUGGAAAUUUAUCAGACGAUAUGUGAAUUUUCGUCAUUUAUAAUCAGGACAAAUCUUUGAAAAUGUGUUAGAAAACUUUACAUCUAAGUCUUUAUGAUUAUAGUAGAGUUAGAGGUUUGCAGCCUUUUAGAUAAAUUGACCCCUUAUUGUCAUAAUAGUGUUAUAGUUACAGAGUAGUAAGGUUGUAAAAUAAUGAUAACAAUCUUUUAUUAGUUCCACCGUGAAACUCUGUGCACAAAUACAAGAUAUAUAUUUUAAAAUGUUACUGAAACAAUUUAUUUUCCCUCCUCGUGCUCUUUUCUUCUACUCUCACUUUCUGUUUCCAACUCACACUGUCGGCAGGUGAAGCGGGCGGAUGACGACUUGCUCUCUGGGCCCCUUCUGAGUUUUUAAUGGGGGAGUGGUUGAUUGCUCCUCCAUUCCUGCUCUCUCCCAAAUCUCACACACACUGUACACACACACUGUACACACACACACAUGUAUCCACCCUCACAGCUGCACAGCUGUGGGGGUGGGAGGCGCCCUACCCGUCUGAUGAGAGCCAGAGAGAGGGAGGGAGAGAGGGAGGCUGGGCUAUUGUGACUCGAGUAGCGAGGGAAUCUCACUGGACGGCGGCAGAGCUCUCGCACACUGCAGGCAAACUUUGUGCCAUGGUGGCCGCGUGUGUGCACUGAGCCCGACCACCUGGUUUCUUUAAGGCUCCAACACGGGGGACAGGGGAGAGAGCGCCAUGCAGGGCCGGGCGGGCAAAGCCACCAAAAGGGAGAUGGUGAUAGAGUCGCCACAGCAGUACAAGAGCCUGGCUGAGAUAGAGGCAGAGGUGGAGGCUGGGUCACAGGUGGCAGCGGUGAAGCCGAAGAUCAUCGAGCCUCUGGACUACGAGAAUGUGCUUCUGCAGAGGAAGACCCAGAUCAUCAGCGACGUUCUGCGGGACAUGCUGCAGUUCCCCACCGACGACUUCCAGAUCUCCACGCUCCGGCGCCAGGGCAGGACUCUGUUGUCCACCGUGCCAGAGGCUGCAGAGAAAGAGGCUCACUCGCUGUUUGUCCAAGAGUGCAUCAAAACCUACAAGUCCGACUGGCAUGUGGUCAAUUACAAGUACGAGGAGUAUUCAGGAGACUUCCGUCAGCUGCCCAACAAGGUGUCGAGACCUGAGAAACUGGCCGCUCACCUGUUCGAGGUGGACGAAGACGUGGAGAAAGACGAGGACUCGGCCUCCCUGGGAUCCCAGAAGGGAGGAGUGUCCAAACAUGGCUGGUUGUACAAAGGCAACAUGAACAGUGCGAUCAGCGUCACUAUGAGGUCCUUCAAGAGAAGGUACUUCCAUCUGGCUCAGCUCGGUGACGGCUCUUACAACCUCAACUUCUACAAAGAUGAAAACACCUCAAAAGAUCCUAAAGGAACCAUCUUCCUAGAUUCGUGCAUGGGAGUUGUUCAGAACAGCAAAGUGCGUCGCUUUGCCUUUGAGCUCAAGAUGCAGGAUAAGAGCACGUUCCUGUUGGCCGCAGACGGCGAGGCAGAGAUGGACGAGUGGAUCGGCACCCUCAACAAGAUCCUCCACAGCAGCUUCGAACAGGCCAUGCAGGAGAAGAGAAACGGAGACCUGCACGACGACGAGGAGCUCGGAAAAACAGACCUCACCUCUGGAAGUUUUCAAGACAGCUUUCAGACCGCCAGAGAUAUCGAGUCCAAAAUGAGAAGCGAAGCUCGCCUGAAACUUUUCACAUUGGACCCCUACACACAGAAACUGGACUUUUCCGGCAUCGAGCCGGACGUGCGGCAGUUUGAGGAGAAGUUCGGGAAGAGAGUCUUAGUCUGCUGCAACGACCUGUCGUUCAACCUGCAGGGCUGCGUGGCAGAGAAUGAAGAGGGACCGACAACCAAUGUGGAGCCCUUCUAUGUGGUCCUGUCCCUCUUCGAUGUCCAGAACAGUCGAAAGAUCUCAGCCGACCUCCACGUGGACCUCAACCACCCUCUGGUGCGACACAUGACGUCAGGCUCUUGUAGCGGGCAGGACGUGCAAAUUAACGGCAGCGGCAGUGAUGGUGUGCUGAGGGGCUGCGGGCUCCCGGAGGAGGCGCUCCAGUACCUGAGACAGGGGGUGUUCUCGGUCACGUGCCCCCAUCCAGAGAUCUUCCUGGUGGCCAGGAUUGAGAAGGUCCUGCAGGGGGGGAUUACCCACUGCACUGAACCCUACAUGAAGAGCUCGGACUCUGCAAAGAUGGCUCAGAAAGUGCUGAAGAAUGCGAAGACGGCCUGCAGCCGACUGGGACAGUACAGGAUGCCAUUCGCUUGGGCUGCAAGGCCCGUGUUCAAAGAUGCGUCUGGAACUUUGGACAAAAGUUCUCGCUUCUCGGCUCUGUACCGACAGGACAGCAGCAAGCUGUCGGAUGAGGACAUGUUCAAACUGCUCACUGACUUCAGGAAACCGGAGAAAAUGGCUAAACUCCCCGUGCUCUUAGGGAACUUAGACGUUACUAUUGACAGCGUGCCCCCGGACGUCACCAAUUGCGUCACUUCCUCCUACAUCCCGGUGAGGAACUUUGAAGGCGACGGGCCGGGCAGCGCUCUCCUGGAGGUGGAGGAGUUUGUGCCCUGCAUCGCCAAGUGCUCCCAACCGUUCACCGUCUAUAAGAACCACCUGUACGUCUACCCGAAGCACCUCAAGUAUGACGGGCAGAAAUCCUUUGCUAAGGCGAGGAAUAUCGCCGUCUGCAUUGAAUUCAAGGAUUCUGACGAGGAGGAAGCUCAGUCGCUGAAGUGCAUCUAUGGUCGUCCUGGUGGUCCUCUGUUCACCAAGCAGGCGUAUGCAGCCAUCCUGCACCACCAGCAGAACCCGGAGUUCUACGAUGAGAUAAAGAUCGAGUUACCGACUCAGCUGCACGAGAAGCAUCACCUCCUCUUCACCUUUUAUCACGUCAGCUGUGACAGCAACAGCAAGAAGAAAGACCAAGUGGAGACUCCAGUGGGUUCAGCCUGGCUGCCUCUGCUCAGGGACGGCCGAGUCAUCAUGAACGAACAGCAGCUGUCUGUGGCGGCGAAUCUCCCCAGCGGGUAUCUGGGCUCCCAGGACGCUGUCACCAAGCACUCGGGCUCCGAGAUCAAAUGGGUCGACGGCGGAAAGCCUGUGUUCAAAGUCUCCACUCAUCUUGUUUCUACAGUUUACACUCAGGACCAACAUUUGCACAACUUCUUCCACCACUGUCAGAGGAUGGAGGUGUCGGAACAAGCAUCAGAGGGGGAGCUGGUGAAAUAUCUCAAGAGUCUCCAUGCGAUGGAGGGUCACGUGAUGGUCAACUUCCUGCCCACCGUCCUCAACCAGCUCUUCUGUGUCCUCACCAGGGCCGCACAUGAGGACGUGGCUGUCAACGUGACCAGGGUGAUGGUCCAUGUCGUCGCUCAGUGCCAUGAGGAGGGACUGGAGCAUCACCUGAGAUCUUAUGUCAAGUUUGUGUUCAAGCCGGAGCCAUACUCCUCCACCAGGGUGAAGACAGUUCACGAGGAGCUGGCUAAAGCCAUGACGGCCAUACUCAAGCCUUCUACUGACUUCCUGACGAGCAACAAGCUGCUAAAGCACUCGUGGUUCUUCUUCGAAGCGCUGGUGAAAUCGAUGGCUCAUUGUCUCAUAGAGGGUGGAAAGGUCAAGCUCUCGAGGAACCAGCGGUUCUCCGCCUCGUUCUACCACGCAGCGGAGACUCUGGUCAACAUGCUGAUGCCGCACAUCACCCAGAAAUACAAGGACAACCUGGACGCGGCUCACAACGCCAACCACAGCCUGGCAGUUUUCAUCAAGCGCUGCUUCACCUUCAUGGACAGAGGCUUCGUAUUCAAGCAGAUCAACAACUACAUGAACUGCUUCGUGCCCGGAGACCCCAAGACGUUGUACGAUUUCAAGUUUGAGUUCCUGCGGGUUGUUUGCAGCCACGAGCAUUACGUUCCUCUGAAUCUGCCCAUGCCUUUUGGAAAAGGGAGAAUACAGAGAUUCCAAGAUCUCCAGCUGGACUAUUCCCUGACCGACGACUUCUGUCGGAACCAUUUCCUGGUGGGGCUGCUGCUGCGGGAGGUGGGCGGGGCUCUCCAGGAGUUCCGAGAGAUCCGGCAGAUCGCCAUCCAGGUCCUGAAGGGGCUGAUGAUCAAACACACCUUUGACGACCGCUACGCCGCGAAGAGCCAACAGGCACGACUCGCCACGCUGUACCUGCCUCUGUUCGGCCUCCUCCAGGAGAACGUCCACAGACUGGACAUGAAGGAGUCGGCGCCUCUCAGCACUCACAGUAAUGCGAGGGAGGACUCGCUGGUGUCGAACUCUGCGGGGGCGCCUCAGAAAGCAGGGAGUUGUAUAGAAAAUUCUCUCCACAAAGACGUGUUUGGAGUUAUCUCUGGAACAGUGUCCCCUCACAGCUCCACUCCCAAUGUCAGCUCAGUUCACCACGCAGACUCCAGAGGCUCCCUGAUCUCCACCGACUCCGGGAACAGCCUGUUGGACAAGAGCAGUGACAAGACCAAUUCCCUGGAGAAGCACCAGUGUGCGUCGGCUCUGGGCAGCGCCGUGCUGCGCUGCGACAAACUGGACCGGGACGAGAUCAAAAACCUGCUCAUGUGCUUCCUGCAUAUUCUCAAGAGCAUGUCGGAAGAGGCCCUUUUCACUUACUGGAACAAAGCGGCGUCCUCUGAACUCAUGGACUUCUUCACACUAAUAGAAGUUUGCCUUCAUCAGUUCAGAUACAUGGGGAAGAGGUUCAUCGCCAGGAGCCAGGAGGGGGCGGGGCCUGUAGCUCCGGACAGGAAGUCUCUGACUCUGCCUGUGUCUCGUAACAGGGCGGGGAUCCUGCACGCUCGCCUGCAGCAGCUGGGCGCUCUGGAGAACGCUCACACCUUCAACAACAUGUACAGUCACACAGAAGCAGAUGUGAGCAGCCAGUGUCUGCUGGAGGCCAACGUGUCCACUGAGGUGUGUCUGACUGUGCUGGACACACUCAGCACCUUCAUCAUGGGCUUCAAGACUCAGCUGAACUCUGACCUGGGCCACAACCCCCUGAUGAAGAAAGUUUUCCAGGUGCAUCUGUGCUUCCUGCAGAUCCCUCAGUCCGAGGCCGCACUCAAACAGGUCUUCACCUCACUGCGCACUUUCAUCUACAAGUUCCCCUGCACCUUCUUCGAUGGUCGGGCCGACAUGUGCGCCUCUCUGUGCUACGAAAUCCUCAAGUGCUGUAACUCCAAGCUGAGCUCCAUCCGCGGUGACGCCGCCCACCUUCUCUACUUCCUCAUGAAGAGUAACUUUGACUACACGGGCCGCAGGUCCUUCGUACGAACACACCUGCAGGUUGUAAUCGCUGUCAGUCAGCUGAUCGCCGACGUCAUCGGCAUCGGUGGUACCCGUUUCCAGCAGUCGCUCUCCAUCAUCAACAACUGUGCCAACAGUGACAAGAGCAUCAAGCACACGGCGUUCCCGUCGGACGUGAAGGACCUGACCAAGCGCAUCCGGACGGUGCUGAUGGCCACGGAGCAGAUGAAGGAGCACGAGAACGACCCGGAGAUGCUGGUGGACCUGCAGUACAGCUUGGCCAAGUCCUACACCAGCACGCCCGAGCUCCGCAAGACCUGGCUGGACAGCAUGGCCCGCAUCCACAACAAGAACGGAGAUCUGUCGGAGGCGGCCAUGUGUUAUGUGCACGUUGCUGCUCUGGUGGCCGAGUACCUGUGGAGAAAAGGUAUGUUCCGGCAGGGAUGCUCUGCGUUCCGAGUCAUCACUCCAAACAUUGACGAGGAGGCGGCCAUGAUGGAGGACGUGGGGAUGCAGGACGUUCACUUCAACGAGGAGGUGCUGAUGGAGCUGCUGGAGGAGUGCGCUGACGGCCUCUGGAAGGCGGAGCGUUACGAGCUCAUCGCUGACGUCUACAGGCUCAUCAUUCCCAUCUACGAACAGCGCAGAGACUUCGAGAAACUGACGCACCUGUACGACACCCUCCACCGCGCCUACACCAAAGUGAUGGAGGUGAUGCACAGUGGGAAGAGGCUGCUGGGCACGUACUUCAGAGUGGCCUUCUUCGGACAGGGCUUCUUUGAGGACGAGGAUGGAAAGGAAUACAUCUACAAGGAGCCAAAGUUCACCCCGCUGUCGGAGAUUUCCCAGAGGCUCCUGAAGCUCUACUCGGACAAGUUUGGACAGGAGAACGUCAAGAUCAUUCAGGACUCUGGCAAGGUGAAUCCAAAGGACCUCGACUCCAAGUACGCCUACAUCCAGGUGACCCACGUCACCCCGCACUUGGACGACAAGGAGCUGGAGGACAGGAAGACGGACUUUGAGAAGAGCCACAACAUCCGGCGCUUUGUGUUCGAGACGCCGUUCACGGUGUCGGGCAAGAAGCAGGGAGGGGUGGAGGAGCAAUGCAAACGGCGGACCGUUCUCACCACCACCCACUGUUUCCCAUAUGUGAAGAAGCGCAUAGCGGUCAUGUACCAACACCAGACGGACCUGAGCCCCAUCGAGGUCGCCAUAGACGAGAUGAGCUCCAAGGUGGCCGAGCUGCGCCUGCUGUGCUCCGCCUCGGAGGUGGAUAUGAUCCGGCUGCAGCUCAAGCUGCAGGGCAGCAUCAGUGUCCAGGUUAACGCUGGUCCUCUGGCCUACGCCAGAGCCUUCCUGGAUGACAGCAGUGCCAAGAAGUAUCCUGACAACAAGGUCAAACAGCUCAAAGAGGUUUUCAGGCAGUUCGUGGACGCCUGCGGUCAGGCGCUGGGAGUGAACGAGCGGCUGAUCAAAGAGGACCAGCAGGAGUAUCAAGAUGAGAUGAAGGCCAACUACAGGGACCUGGCCAGGGAGCUGUCCAACAUCAUGCACGAGCAGAUAAACCCCGUGGAGGAUGGGACGAGGAGCACUCUGUCCGACUCGAUGGGCAUCUUCAACGCCAUCAGUGGCACGCCAACCAGUGCCAACCCUCAUGGCACCACCACCACCACGCUCUGAUGGGCUCGUCUCGCGCCUUCUUCUCCUCUGAAGACCUGUCAGUCCAGAGGAAUCAAUCAGGACACGGGCAUUUGGUUUAGUUUUAAAAAUGUGAUGUUCUUGUUUCCUAUGGAGACGAUGGAGCCGGGGUUUUGUUAAAUUCUGAGUGAGACGAGGGUUUCAGCACAUGCGAUGACUCAGCAAACGUGCACCGAGCGCUGCGACCGACGACGAACAUGUUAUCAUAAUUGUUCGACCCCACCCAGGGGACGUCGUCCAUAGGUUGAACCUCUCCUCUGAACCAGAACCUCCUUCCAUCUCCAAGAAAGUAUGUAUCAGAAAUAAAUGCCUCUGCUGUAACCGCACAUUCAUUCUUCCACUGAUGGUCAGUAUUUUUACAUUUCUUCUUCUCCACCGUGGCUCCGUUACAGCAGAUGCAUUUUAAAAGAAUGAUUCUCUCUAUUUUAGGCCAACGGACGAGUACAAGAACUGUCUAAAGCCAAGUGAACCCCAACGUUUUAACCUAUUUUCUGUAAAGAGAAAUAAAGUGUGUGCAAUAUUUUCUAUUGUUACCGAGGCAACCUACUGCACAGAAAACCACUCUUGCCAAAGACAUUCGAAAAAAGAAAUAAAGACAAAACGAGUUAAGGGUGUGGCAAUUUGUAAUCUGCCCCUUGUGUUUCUUUGUCUGUCAUGUAGAUGCCUUUUAUUAUCUGUGAGAUCAAAUAAGAAAAACAUUUUUACUCGUUGAAUGCUCAUGUAAAUAAGUUUCAGACUUAUAAAUAAAUAAAAUAUGUAAUAAUA